AUGGGACAGGGAUGCUGCCUCAAAGUCCUGCCCUUGUGCAAUGCAGGUUUCUAUGGGAGACCAUGGUCUAUGGAACAGAGGAAACUUCUCUUUCAAUGGCUGAAACGCUGGGGGCUGAACUGCUACAUGUACGCACCCAAGGAUGAACUGAAGCACCGGCUGCUCUGGCGAGAGCCCUACACAGAACAUGAGGCAGCCCGCAUGCAGUCUCUCAUCGAAGCUGCCCAAGAGCAAGGUGUGGAGUUUGUUUUUGCCAUUUCUGCUGGCCAGGACAUGGUGUUUUCAAGUGCCGGGGAUCGGCUCCUGCUGCAGCAAAAACUGAGGCAGGUGGCUGCCAUGGGGUGCCACUCCUUCGCGCUGCUCUUUGACGACAUCGACCCCUGCAUGUGCCAAGCUGACAGAGACGUCUUCCCCUCCCUGGCGCAGGCUCAGGCCUCUGUGGCCAACGAGGUGUACCGGGAGCUGGACCAACCCUCCGUCUUCCUCUUCUGCCCUACAGAGUACUGCAGCUCUCUGUGCUCUCCCAGCCCCAGCCAGUCGUGCUACUUGCUGACCCUCGGCCAGGAGCUGCUCCCAGGGAUCAGUGUCAUCUGGACAGGCCCAAAGGUUGUGUCACAGGAGCUCUCAGCCACACUGCUGGAGGAGGUGGAGGGUGUCCUGCAGCGCCGCCCCAUCAUCUGGGACAACCUGUACGCCAACGACUAUGACUGCAGACGUGUCUUCCUGGGCCCCUACACGGGACGUGCCCCCGGCCUCAUGCCCAGGCUCCGUGGACUGCUCCUCAACCCCAACUGCGAGCUCCAGGCCAACUUCAUCCCCAUACACACAUUGGGCAGCUGGUUUCGGAGCGAGCUGGGGAGCUGUGCCCACCCUGAUCAUGCAGGGAUGGAGACUGCGGCAGCCCUGGGGGACAGCCAAGGCCCACAGGAGGGGAGCUACAGCCCCCAGGAGGCCUUGGAGCUGGCGCUGCAUGACUGGGUGGCUGAGAUAAACCGGCAGGCCUUGGAGCCAGGAGGAAGGACCCCGGGACACCCCAGCAUCAGCCUCAAGGGAGGAACAAGGCUGCAGCCCAGCACAGCGGGAGGACAGGAGGUCAUGCCCGAUGCCCAGCCCCACGACUCCGUUCCCAGUGUUGCAGACCAGGAUGGCCCUGAGCCCUGCAGUGUGGCACCAGGGGAGGGAAGGAGGAAGGUGACCUCAGAGCCCGAGAAGGGCAGUGAGAGCAGGAUGCCCACUGGCGGUUGGCAAAGCCCCACAGGGGAUGGGGACCAGCUCACCACAGGGAGCAGAGAGAGCUGUGAGCCCUCCUCUGCUCUGCCCAGCACAGCUGGGAGUGCCCAGUCCACAGGAACCCUGGUGGCUACCGAGACCCUCCACAGCCCAGGCCCCCCCAUGUGCUGCAGCAAUGAGGCCAACACCAGCCAGAACCUUCCCCUACCCACCAGUGAUGCCAGGACAGGGGGUGGCAGCUCCCCCCAGCCCCCCAGCAGUACCCAGACUGAGGUCAGCAGGGCCAACAUGCCCCAGAAACCCCCAGGGCCUGGGGCUUGCACCAGCCCUGGCCCCCCAGCACCACUCACUGAUGAGGUUGGUGCUAGCCCUGGCCCCACGGCACCAUUAACCCCAGAGGAGACUGGGUCCAGCCCCAUGGCCCUGCUGACCCUGGAGGAGGCUGGGUCUGGCCCCACGGUACUGCUUACCCCCAAGGAGGCCAGGACCAGCCCCACAGCACCACUGACCCCAGAGGAGGCCAGAUUCAGCCCCAUGGCAUCUCUGACUCUGGGGGAGGUGCAGAUGCUGGUGGAGCUCUUCUACCUGCCCUACCAUCAUGGACCACUGGCGCAGCAUCUCCUGGAGCACUUUCGGUGGCUCUGGGCAAACAGCCUCAGCGUGGGGGUUCCGGCCACAGCACCCGAUGACUGUGAGGGCAUGCAGUGGCGCGGCCGAGCCCAGUCCUUCCAGCUGCUCUGUGCUCAGACGUGCCGCCUGCACAGCCGCUUCGUCAGCAGCGCCAGCCAGGCGCUGCUCUAUGACCUCCACCCCUACCUCUGGGACAUCCGCAACAUGCUGCUGGCUGCCAGUGCCUUCGUCCUCUGGCUGGAUGGCCAUCUGCUCUGCGACCCUGACCCCAAGGGCACCUGGGGAAGCUGCUUUGGCUGGUGCCAGAGCAUCACUGCCCCGAUCUUGCUGGGGGGGGACGCUGAGCCCUGGGCACGUCGUGGGGGCCUCUUUGGAGAGCUGCAGGCACUGCUGCCCGUGGGGAACAGCUGUGACCUCUUCUACCACCCACCUCCACUCUUCCCGUCCAGUCAGCUGUACCUCCUGCACCCGCUGCUGCCCCUGGACAAGGGAGAACUUUACCAAAUGUGCCAGGAGAGUUUGGACUGUGACCCCAAAGUUGCAGAGAUCCUCGCGGCCCACCCUGAUCUCCUCGGUGACAGGCUGCUGGGCAGCUUCCUGAGCCUGAGCCCAGAGUACACGUUUGUGCUGGAGGAUGAGGGCGGUCCAUGUGGCUACGCAGCCGGAGCACUCUGCGCUGAAGGCUUCCUGCAACAGCGAGACAGCAGCUGGCUGCCGGCCAUGCGGCACAAGUACCCCCGAGACCUGGGCGCAGGUGCGCCAGCUCUUGGACAGGAUGCCCUGGAGGAAGCACUGCUCUUCUUCCACACAGAGCCACCGGCUGUGCCCCUGCCUGUGCUGCGGCGCUUCCCCUCCCUGGUGCAGCUGGGCACGGCCCCCCGUGUGCUGGACGUGGGGGCCAGCCGCAGCCUGGCUAUCUGCUUGCUGAGCGCACUCAGGGCCAAUGGGUCGCGGGGAGUGUUUUGCCAGGUCAGUGCCGCUGACCAGCAGCAGCUGAGCUUCUACAGCAAGCUGGGCUUCGUCGCCCUGCCAGUGGCCUGGGGCAUCUCCCCUGGUGCUCGGCUCCUGGGACGUCUCCUCUGA